GUGGGGAAAGGGGCCAAUUUGGGCCAACCCCAAGGUGAUCGUGAUUUGAAAAUUGCCAUUGUGGCGGGCUGGGAAAGAAUGGGUAAUUGGAAAUGGGAGGGGAAAUUGCGAUGGGGGAAAAUGGGUGGGGAAAGGGGUUUGAGGAAAUUGGAGAAGAGGGCCAAUCCAAAGGCGAUUGUGUUGAUUUGGAAAUUGCCAUUAUGGAUACAGGGAAGAAUGGGACUGAAUGUAAAUUGAAAAUCUUGGGAGAAUCCGUACAGGAAGGGUGUUUGAAAAAUUCCAAUUCGAAAAACAAAAGAUUGAAAUUUGAACUACAGUUCUAUUCUAUGAGAUAAUAGUAGUAGAAAGUUUAAUUACAUGCUGUUCACAUAAUGUUUCCAUGCUUUCAUAAUACAUUUUUACUCUAAAAUAAUCUUCUUAUAAAAUUUCUAAAGAAAAUAUAAUAACAAUUUAAUAUAAUUGAUUGAAACAAUGAAAGCAUUAUUAAAAAAUUUAAUCAUUGA